GGGGUGGGGGCUAUAUAGGAUAGAAUUUAGAUGUGCCAGUUUGGAAUGUCAUACAGGCAGCUCUCUAAUCAUAUCAAUGAUAAAUGAUAUUAUGGAUAUGAUAAUGAUUUCUUUCCCCCGACACGGUAACACCCUACUGUUGUAAUGUGAUCACACUGACAUGUUGUAGACUACGUAGUGAGACUUUGAUGAUUUUGCGAUGUGACAGCAGACGCCGUCUCAAAUGAAAGUUUCAUAGCGAUGACACACGUUGCCUUCGUGGAAACCAGUGGUGCAUUUCAACGUAUCUUUGGAGCAGCUGCACGGAGGGUAUUUGAUGCAUAAAGACGUCAAAUGAAUAUGUAUGCAGUUGUGUUGUCGCACCAGAAGUACAAAGAUGCUCGCACAAAUAUAAGGAUUCGACUCCAAUCACUCGCAGUGUGACGGCAUGCGGUUGAAUUUCUCCUGUCUGAGCAGAUUUGACCUUUUUUGGCUUUAAUCAUGUCCAAACAUUACAGACUUAAUGUGGAAUGAUUAAAUUAGUUUUAUUUAUCCAAACAUAAAGACAAGCAUGAGACAAUCCAAUGGUGUGCUUAACCUAUAUGGAAAUCGUGGUGCACUCAAGGUCUAACUAAAGCAGCUGCUCGGAAGGUUUGUAAAGAAUAAACACAUUACAUGUCCUCAAAUAUGAAUGCUGUUAUUCCACUAUGUGAAGACUGAGGAAACAAAGGAGCCUGCGGCGGUAAACCAGAGUGCACCCGAGAGCAACAUUCCACUGACAUCUAGUGUCAGAUCCGGGAACUGAGAUAACACCCAGUGCCUGACCCUGUGCAGGUGUGUGUCUGUGUACCCGCCCUCGGGAUACACACAUGCGUUAUCCACUUCCCCAUACAUCAGUGUAGCCUUAUUGAUCUGCUCGGUGUGACCUUGAAUGAUCAGACAAGUGGAAACGCCGCUAUUUGGAAUGAGACCCAUCCAUUCCCUCUGUCUGCUCUCUGCUGCUGUAAUGACUUGAGGGAAGACGGGGAGGCAAAGGGAGCCCAUCGAGAUGGAGCCUUGAACCAGUCGGCUCUGCAGUGGCCUUAUGUCGCGGACAGCCUCCCCUCCAGGCACAGUCUGUUCCGGGGUAAAGGGAGAGAAGUGGGUCAGUCUGUCUGAGAUGCAAGGGAUGGGACGUCAGCUGGGUAAAACUGUACAUCGAAUCAGAUAGGAAGAUAGACAGAUAGAUAGAUAGAUAGAGCAGGAUUACCUAAGUGGAUUUGUUCCCAGGAUAGUCUUCUAUCUGCAUAUGGAAUAUAGUGUAUUAAAAUGAUAAUCAGCAGAUGAAUGAUGAAAUUUAUCCUCCUGGUGUGAAAGAUGAAGAGGAGCCAUGCUUCAGGCACUUAUGGAGGAGGGUCUUGGUGCGAUGCGUUUCAUCCUCUAACAUGUAGAAUCUAACAGGAUAUGUAAAACAUUUUGUCUCCCUGCAGCUGAAACAUGACUAGAACAGUUUAUAAUGAUGAUUUGGCCUCAAUUUUCUAAUCAUUUUCAUGACUGCGGAAAUAGUAUGAAGUCUAUGAAAUGUCUGUCUGUUCCUCAUUUUUGUCUUUCCCUUUCCCCGUUACAGUUAACAGUGCUGCAAAGUUACUCUGCGUGUUAAGAUCUCAUGGUUAGCUCAUAAAACACAGUGUGACAACAAACGGCGACAUUACAGGGUUAUUAGGGGAAACCAUUUAUAUUUUUGAUGAUCAACAAAUAACAUGAGUAGAAUUAAAACAACAAUGUUCUGAUGUCAAGUAUGUUAUGUGCAGCAAAUUCAUGGUACACAUGCAUCUCAAUCCUCUGUGCCAUAGAGCUCAACUGACACACUACUGUACCUUCAUUCCCAGGAACUGAGGCAUGGUAGUUUAUUUUUGGAUGAAUCCCUCACACACCUCUUUCCUGUCAUUAAUACUCACUAAUGGCCAAAUAUGUUUUAGUCCGCGUCUUCAAAUAGUUAGUGACGUUUGAAGGACAAUACAGUGCCCAGCUGUGAAAGAAAAUGACGGAGCCUUUUUAAAAAUAAUGAGUAUAUAUUUGUGACCUGUCAUUAUUGAAUCUCAACAAUUUGGUUCUGAGUGCCACAGACAAGGUAGGGGAGUCAAAAAAUAUUAGGGCUAACAUAUUGAUUUUGGUCUUUCCAAUGGCAUUUGUUGACAUUAAGAAAAGAAUAAUUUGGCAUCAGCUUUUCCUACAAAAUGCUGUACGCAAUAUCAGUAAUAAUUAUCCCAUAUCCUUAAACAUAUAAAAUCAUUUUAAAUGAUAGACAGCCACUCUGACUGAAUGAUAACUUUACUUAUGAUACCUGAAGAACUUCAGAACUAAGUACUGAUUCUGUACUUUUACUUAAGAAGCACCAAAUGCAAGAGUUUUACUCCUAAGGGAGUACUUGAGUAAAAAUUUAAAAUUGGUAUUCCACCAAUUUUCCACAGAAAACAAAUCAAUCAGAGCGGCUCUCAUCAUAUUUUUCAAUUGAUGUACCCGUCUGGCCAAGGUAAGAACACACUUUGACAGCUUUAUUUUUGCAUUACAAUAUGUCUUCUCACUUUGAAAAUCUGAAAAUCUAAUUAUAGUGAAUAGUGUGGCUUGCACUGCGUACAAUAUUUUCAAAAAGCAGACAUCCUGACAAACGGGUGAGAGGCAUGCAGCCCAAAAUGAGAAUACAUUCAAAACGGGUUUUUGAGUUUUAUUGCCCAUAUUGAACAAUAACAAGCAGCACGGCCAUGCAGGCGCACCGCAUCACAUUCACACAGACACACAUACACAUGCACACACUCCUGCACCUCUUCAUCAUAGGAUGUGACACCUGACGGCCCAUUAGUUCCCAAAGUGCUAUUCUAUUCUAUGAAUUCCUCUCCUUAUAGAAUAUUUAGACUCUGUGUGUUUCACUCCACUUGUCAACAUGGGAUGCAUUAUUCAUGUUACUGUGCCGUUAUCCGAUGCGCUGCGUGAUGUAAGGCAGCCAUUCCCCGGCCCCGCACCCACAAACACAUUGAGUGACCUUCUGAACUGUGCACCGCCAUCACCCUGCCUGCAGCGUUGUAGCAACUCCGCUUCGUAUAAUAGACAGAGGAAGAGGACAUUAGCGCUCCACAGAGGCUUUAUUGUGCAAUCAAAAUGUGUGCUUACUUGAGUACAUCUGUGAAUGUGUGCCUGCAAUACCUGCUUUUAAGAAAGAGAUGGCAAGGGCGAAUGAAUUUAACUAGCUUUUAAUUAUGCAAUUAAAAAGGUAUGCCUGCAUUAAAGAUUAGGAGUGAUGUAUCCUGACCGUACGAAAUGAAUUUAGGGGAGAUAUGACACAUGGGAGAAAAGAGGGGGAUUUGCGUUAACAGGCCUGUAGUGCAAUUAAAAGAUAAGUCCAAACCUGCUUUCAUUUGAGAUAGAAUAAGAGUACGAUUUAGAGUUGUAACAGGCCUUUUGUGAGUCCAUAAGGUAUUCUUGUGUUUGAGAUAGAGAAAAGAAAAAGCAAAUAGUAAGUUUUAACAAGCUGCAAAAAAGGGGUAAGCAUGUUUAAAAUGGGGAGAGAGAAAAGAGAAAGUGGUACAGAGAAAGAGAACGUAAAGGUUUCAGCUUUCUUUCUUGGUGAGAGAUACAUGAGAAGAUUGAUACCACUCCUGUAUUUCUAUUUAAAAAUCUGUAGCCUUUCACAUGAUAAACAGUAUGAGUUGCAAGGACAAAUGCUCUUGGAUAAAGUUGACGCACUUUGGAGUUUGUAUGACCAGCUAGCAGCUUUUGUUCUCGGAGCAUGCUGAUAACUAAGAAGCUGAAAGCUCAUUCAGAAGAAGAACAUGUGAAAGAAACGGUGUCCUGGUGACACCGUGGAGCUGCUAGAACUGCAAAGAGUAAAAUUUGUAAUCGGUAGAAAGGGUCAACUUGUCUUGUCGCAGAGCACAUGCAAGGAGUUUCCGGUUUGCGUGGGAUCGCUGCCGCGUUUGAUACGGGGAAUAGGGAAUCGCCAUCUUUGCAAGUCACGCGUGGUACUCCUACCAAAGGGGGAGAAUUUGUUUGAGCAAGCUGUUUUGGCUAAAACCAGCUGCCAGUUACAGCAUCCUCAUCAUCACCUAUGACAUCGCACGUCUCAUCUAUGAGAAGCAGUUUCCACGCCAUCGCAUUGGAGAUGCUUACGUGCUAUGUGUUCGGCGAGGGACGUCGACGUGACCCUUUCAUAGGGAAAAAACACUAGCGUAUGGCACGUUUAAUCUGUGCAGAACGAUGUGUAAAAAGAAACAGUUGUGUGAUUGGCAGCGGUUUAUGCGUCAAGCGAUGUCUUGCGGUAACUGUGUUGCUGUUUUUGGGGGAGAAAUUUGAAAAUAUCGGGUACUCUUGGUCAAAUGCUCGUUCACCAGAGGCAGCCAUCUUGUUUGUUAAUAAAUUAUCCCUUCUCUCUGCGUCAUGGUAUAAACCCAGGCCGUCGGGGGAAUCCCAUGGAGGGGAUCAUGAAGUAAUUGUCUGGGUCCCAGGUUAGCAUUACAUCACGUUCAUUUAGCUGACGCUUUUGUCCAAAGGACUUACCAAAAGUGCAUUCAACCAUUCAGAUAUUACCCAAAAUAUGCAAGAUUCAUUCGAGUACAUGAACAUUCAUCAAACAGGCAAAAACUUUUUUUUUUAUUUAAGUAAUGACUCAAGGACUAAGGUGCAGUCUGAACAGGUGAGUUUUCAGUCUGCCACGGAAAGAUUGAAGAGUUCCUGUGUCCUGAUGUCAAUGGGGAGCAUUUCCAUAUUUCAAUUAGCACCCCACUGAACGACCACAUUUUUGUAAGAUUAUUUUAUGGGGAUUAUAGCCUUUACAGAAAGAGAGCUCCAUGCAGCAAAGGUCGACAGCUGGAAUUAAGGUGCGUUGCCGUUUUGUGGAAUGCGCCUCAACCAUUUGGCCACCAGAGCUCGACGACUUUGUGAAAGAUGUUUUCGAUUUCAUGCUGGGAAAGCCGCCACUGUCCCUACCACCCUGAAAAAGAUUAAAGAGGUGGCAAAAAAAGUAAAGAAGUCAUCAAACCUAAAUAUUGGCUUUGGAAAAGAUCCUUUUUAUUUGCCGGGCCAAUAAAUGAAAGGCUUUUCACAACUAAUUAAAAUGAUGCCUCGGCUGUUCCACGCUAUUGACAGUGGCUUUAUGCGCUGGUGUGGGUUGAUGCAAAAGCUAUUUUUAAGAUAUCAGACAAGCACAAUGCAUAAUUUAUCACGCCAAAGAAUAACCCUCCCAAGCUUGGGAAUAAAAAAAAGCAACAAGGGCAUCAAGGCAUGCAGCUGAAAUGACUGAUAAUGGUUUACAACAGCAGCUUCUAAACAGAGCAGAUGAAAAAAAGAAAAGAAAUCCUGUUUGCACAUCAUCUUAAAGGGAAGUGUAAUUAUCUAUCAGCCAAUCAACAUCCAGCAGACACUUCCUGUGUCUCUGACCUUGCUGGACUCGUCACCAUGGAAAUGUUUUUUUCUCUCUGAUGGAGCACAGCUUGGUCACACAAAACCCUCUGUGUGUGUGUGUGUGUGUGUGUGUGUGUGUGUGUGUGUGUGUGAUGAGCGACAAACAAGACCAGUAUUCCAUGUUUUUCUCUCACCAGGGCACCUUGGAAACAGUCCUACCUUUUAUGGCUGACCAUACUGUUUCCAAAUAACAAAUAUGCAGGAGUGAUGAACCAACACCCCCCUGUGUACACUCUCAAAAUCAAUCACACACACACACACACACACACACCACACACACACACACACACUCACCAACACCUGUGUUCUUUUCACACAGAUUCUGAUAAAAAUGUGAAAAUGACAGUAUUUGUUUUCUUUUCAUUGGGGAUCUGUUCUGACAGUCUGCAUAAAUAAUGCAUCUUCUGGAAAUGCUGAAAUAUUUACAGAACACAUAUUGGCAGAAUCUGAGUGUAUUGUGAUCGCGCGCGCGUGUGUGUGUGUGUGUAUGUGUGUGUGAAGUUGCUUCUUUAAACAUUAUUUCAGCUCCAGACUUUGCCUUGAAGUGAGCUUGCAUUUAAUGAGAGCUCACAGCUCACAGAGGCAGAAAUGCUUCUUCAGUGUAUGUUCCCGCAGGUACUAUCAGUCACUGACAGCUGGUUGAAUGCAGCCCUCAAUUUAAGUAUGUAGACUCUCCUGUCAGAUUGGUAUUUGAUGGACAGUUGAGAGACUCUGCAGUUGUUCAAAAACUUACCUUACAAUAUUCAUCUUACUGUUGGUGAAAAGUUCGAAACAACCAUGAAACUGAUGGACUGUUAAUGUCUCUGCAUCUUUGUUUUUCUCCUGCCCUGAAUUUAGACAUUAUAUACUAAUAAUAUAAUUGCCAAGCAAUAGCUUUUGUUGCUAUAUCUACAUUGUAAAUUCUUUAAAAUGUAUUAUUCUUCUUCUCUAUAUUUUUUUUGCAAUUCGUACAUUUUGACAUUUAUUUGUAUAGAUAUUGUAUAUAUUUUUAAAGUGUGCUGUGUGAAACGUGCUGCCAUUACACCGGAAUUUCCCAGCUUGGGAUAAAUAAAGUAACUAUCUAUCUACCUCGAUCUAACAGUUUUGUUUUUCUUUUUCUCCCCCCUCCAUCAUCAAUGCGCAUGCGCAGUGUCUCCCUUCAGCUGAUUCGCAUCAGCAGCAGCAUCUUUGGACAUCCAUCCACCGGCCGGACCGCGCGUCAUGGAUCCCCAGUGAGGAGACUUGAGCGAGCACACUUGGGCCAGGGUGGGGGGGGGGGGGACUCGACUGGUUGAGGCUGCAGCAGCUGAUCACAACAACAACAACAACAACAACAACAACAAGAGAAAAAAAACGGAGAAAACGGCAGUAAGAUUACAACUCAUCCUGGUCGGGUUCAUGAUUUGGGCAGCAGAGGAGGGAACCUGACCCGACCUGCGCAGGGUGUACAAGGUGCGUGAGUUGCGAUGGCGUUGUGCCCCGAGGCCUGUGUCCCUGGCUCGGGAGGAGAUUCCUCUGGGAGUGAGGCGGGUUCCAGCUGCCUCCAGUUCGGGGUGCGUUCCUACCUGCACCACUUCUACGAGGAGUGCUCGUCCUCCAUGUGGGAGAGAGACCCUGAGGACCGGGGGUUCAUCCAGGGCCAGAGGUCGGCCCUGUGGUGGAACUCGGCAGCGUGGAAGGUGUCCUUGGCCGUGGGUCUCCUGAUCCUGAUCGCGGGCAUCGCCAGCCUGUCCGUGGGCUACUGCACCCCGCAUAAAAUCGAGUCGUUCGGAGAGGGAGACCUGUUCUUCGUGGACACCCACGCCGUCAGCUUCAACAGGGGGCUGCACCUCAGCGCUGCGGCCGGGAUCGGGCUCUCCUGCCUCGGCUCGGCCCUGGCGGUGAUGGGGGUGGUGGUUUGGAUCCUCCCCAGGGCCGACUUCCACAGACCGGGGGAGAGGGAAGGGAGAGGAGAGGUGCGGUCGAAAUGGAGGGGAUUGAGGGAUCUGGGGGAUGUGGUCACCAAGCCACCAGGUGUUGAAGAGGGGAAGAUGCUCGCCACACUGUCGAAAGUGGAAAAUGUGCAGCCCACUUCUUAAAAAGAUCCUCGCUGAGACACAUGGCUACGGGCCUUUGUUGCAGUUCAGGGGCCUGAUUUACAAGGUCUUCAGGUUGUCUGUAUUUGAAGGGAAAUGUGUAAUUCAAUGCUCGGACACUUGAGGCCCCGAGACCUCAACCAGAGACCUGUUGUAUUAUGAAAUAGGGAUGUAGCUGUGGAUCAUAGACUUUGUUUUUGUGCAAUGUUCUUACAUUUAAAAAAAAUAUUACCGUACAGUGACUAAUGUCCCAGACACUCAAAGAGAGCAGAAUCCUAAUGAGCAAAGGCAGAAAAAUAUAUUUGUAUCCCUCACUUGAUUGUGUUUUUUAGUCUUUUUUUCAGUGGCAGCUUAUAUCAGCUUUCCAAGUAGUUAGACACAUUGUAUGAAUCAAUAUCAAAACCUACAUUUCCAUUCGCAUAUCUACCGUGUGUACACACGUGGAUCAUUGGACAGUCAGAAAGGUGCUCACAUGUGGAAGUGGUUACAGUACAUUUGCACUUAUCAAAAUGAAUGUCAAGCCUGCUGUGUCUGAAAAAACACGUACAGCCACGUACAAUUACUUGCGCUCACCCACACACACAGACGCGCGCGCACAAAUUCGUGCUUCAUUGACAAUAUCACCUAUUUUCCUCCCCACUGUAAUCUAGCUCCCUAAUUGCCUGCAAUCUGUGUCUCCAGGCAACAGUUGGGCUUCAAGUGCUCUAUUUUCACCUCCGAACAAAGGCUCUACACCGAUUGGUCGCUCGCGGGCCCUCUCUUCAUUUCCACACCAAUCAGAUUUUUUGUUUACGGUCACACACACACAGCGGUAGCGAGUGGGUGGUGAAGCACCGGGGUGAGGGGAACGUGCACUGGCACCUUCAGAGGCCCCCUGUUAGAUUGGCUCCUCCGGUUCAGUGAAGUUAGUUUGAAUGAUUUUGAGAUCUGGGUUAAAAAAACAAAACAAGUUCAAAUAAAUGAAUAACUGUGAUGCCACUGGAUGUUAUUGUUGGUGUUUCGUAAUUUUAUUGUGAUUUUGGUUGUGAUAAAGGUAGUGGGGUAAAAAAUGAGGGGUCAAGUGUCACUGGUGCAAAUCAUAUUACCAGAAUAAACCUGUUAUCUGUAAGGUUUAAGAGGUCUGUGGUUCCUGUUGUUUUAUUAUAUUUCAAACCUGCGGCAAGUGAUGUUUCUUUUCUUGUUUAUGUUUAUGCUCAGUCAAAUGGCUCUUGUGAUGUCACACAAAAAACGCACGAUUCAGCCAAUGAUGCUCAAUUGAGCUUUUAGCUUGGUUUGGGUUUUUUGCCUGGUGUUGCUAAUUGUUUUGUAGUAAAGAACAAGUGGAUGAGAUGUUUUGUCUGAGCGCCUCAGUGGGUUUACAGUUCUUCUGAAAUGUCACACUUCUCACCCGACCUCCCCUCUCUGCGACAGCUGUCAACAGCUGUCAUCCGGUGUAGCCAAUGGGAACAACUACAAAUGCAUUGUUUUCAACACGGCACGUCAUACACACGAGGUGUUUUUCGAGGCACAACCCUUAUUGCCUUCAAACCUCCUGCAUGAUCACAUAGAGCGGCACGUUACAAGAUCCGUGCAUCUCCUCAUGUCUUUCUUCCUCAGGCUACAAACAUGUCACCCUCCCCUUGUUAAUGAAAGGUCAAGGAAUCACCAAACUCAUUCCAAUUUAUCCGGAGAGGGGCAUGAAUAUAUUUUGACCAAAUGUUUUUUGGCAGUCUAUCCAACAGGUUCUUUUACAUAUAACAAUCAGCGUUAUGCUGAGCCACGUUAGACACUUUUGUAAAAUCUGCAGUAUAACCCUUGUUCGCUCUUUGGUAGAAGUUAAAAAAUAAAACUUCUUUUUGGAACAUGCUG